AUGUCGGUCCGUUCACCUCCACCUGCACCAUCACCUUCUCGUUCACUAUCUCUCUCACUAUCCACACCUACAUCUAUGCCUUCGAGCAGGAACAACCCAAUAUCAUUGAGGAUAUACAAAACAAUAGGAACCUCUUUCGAUGACCCAUCAUCCAGGGAAGCUUUGGAAUUAGCUUCGUCUUUCUACGCUCCAGUGGAUAAAGGCAAAGGAAAGGCUGAGACUCAAGAUGAAUUAGAAGAUGGAUUACCUAGAAGAAGGACCUUGAAGGGACAAAGUGCAGCUACAGCUAGAAAAUGGUUAAAAAGAGAUAUAGAAGGUACUCUUGCUAGUGGAAGUCAAAGGUUCCUAGAAGCGUUUGGUGAAGUUGAUGAGAAACUCGAGGUUCUGAGAGAACAUAUGAGAGAAAUGCAAGUUCGUUGUGAUCAAGUUCAAUCAGAAUUGGAUCAAGCGAACAGUGGUACAAAGUAUCUCUUGGAAAGAGCAGAUGGGCUACGUUCGCAGAGAGCUUCUGCACAAUUGCGAUCAUCACUGAUAAGUCUAUUCUUAUCUCGAUUUACGCUGUCAGAAUCAGAACUGGCGGCUCUGGGCUCAAGAGAAGUCGUAGUUGGUCAAACCUUAUUUGACGCUUUAGACAGAGUAGAAAAGAUUAGAAAAGAUUGUGAAGUCUUGUUAGGUGGUGAAGAAGGCAAAAUGCAAGCUGGCUUGGACAUAAUGAGAGCUACUUCAGAUCAAAUGGAAUCGGGAUAUAAGAAGAUACAUCGUUGGUGUCAAUUCGAAUUUAGACAAUUCACAAGAGAAACUCAAUUGGAAGUUUCAUCUGUCAUGAGAGAAGCCAUCAAACGAUUAAAAGAAAGACCACCUUUAUUGAGAGAUGCAUUGCAAGGAUUGACUUCCACCAGAUCAUCAUCUAUCCUUCAAUCUUUCCUAGAUGCUUUAACUAGAGGUGGACCAAAUGGAUUACCUAGACCAAUCGAGUUACACGCUCAUGAUCCCACUCGAUACGUAGGAGACAUGUUAGCUUGGGUACAUCAAGCCACUGCUAGUGAACAUGAAUUCCUAGAUAGUUUAUUCGGCGUAAAAGAGAAGAGAAGGAUGGUUGGUGCCGAAAGGGAAUCGAUAGGUGAAGGAGAAGAAGAAUUAAUGGUUGUAGAAGCUAUGGAUAAACACUUAGAAGGUUUAGGUAGACCAUUAAAAUUACGUAUUCAACAAACCAUUAAAUCUCAAGAAGGUAUAAUCAUGGCUUACAAAAUCGCAAACCUCCUUCAGUUCUAUUUGAUCACUAUGAGGAAGACUAUAGGUGAACAAGCUUUAUUAUGUAAAACAUUACAGGAAAUACACGAUCAAGCUUAUAUUGCUUUCUUCGAAAAUCUCGAUGCUCAAGGAAGGAGUCUAUUGAGAUUCUUGCAUCCUCCCGACGCAACUCUGUCACCUCCAUUAGCAUUGAGAGAUUUCUCUUUAAUUCUUCGAGAACUUCUUUCUGUUUAUUCAACUUCAUUAGUCGAUCCAUCGGAAAGAGAAUCAGACGCUGAUUUAGCCAAAUUAUUGGACAAAUCAGUCGAUCCUUGUGUUGAGAUGUGUGAAAGAAUGGCAGAGAUGAGGAAGUCGGCAGGAGGUGGUGGUGAAUGGGAGAAAGAUCUGUUUAUGGUUAAUUGUUUAGGUUAUCUAGAGCACACUCUCGAAGUAUACGAUUUCACCAUAAGAACAGUAUCAAUGCUUGAAGAGAGGAUCAAGCGACAUGUGGAAAGUAUGACAUUUGAGCAUCACGGUAAAUUGCUCGAACAGUGUGGUUUAGCACCUAUCAUGAGGACAAUAAGAACUCGACCUGCAGAUACCCCUUUAUCAAGAUUACCGAAUACAUCACCCAAAUCAUUAACAUCAGCUUUAUCAACAUUUUCAAACUGGUUAACUACAAUCGAUCCUUCUUCUUCGCCUCGAUUAGCUUUAUUAACAUCAUCAAAAUUAGCAGAUAUUAUACAUCGAAAAGCGUUGAAGAAGAUAUAUGAAGCAUAUGGAGAAGUGACGCAGGUUGUUUUAGAUCAAAAAGAAGGUUUCGAAUUUGGUGAAACAAUGUUAAGAAGAGGUAAAGAAGAAGUCGGUGUUGCUUUAGGUGUGAUUACUGAUGAAGAAGAAUGGCAAGACGAUGAUGAAUACAAUUACCUCGAAGGUGAUAAUGAGUAUAGUCAAUCACAGUUGGAAUCCAAUGAUAUUGGUAAUAAUAUUCAUCAUAAAGAGAAAGAACAUAGACCGCAUUAUCCUCUGAGGAGAGAUAGUGGUGUAGGAUUAGGUUUAAAUUUAGGUAAUACCCCUCAGGAGGAAGCUUAG